UUUGCAGAACUUUUGUAUAAUUAUUCUUUAGAUUCUAACUUUAUCUUUUACUAGUUUAUCGAGGCACGGAAAAUGAUUGAAAACAAUAUCCAGUGGUGUGCAUUCAUAAGAUCGUUUUGAUUUCUCUGCUUUCAUUUAUUGCAUUUUGAGACUAGUGAUUGUGGUUGAAGCCCUUCUUCUCUGCAAAUGUAGGUUCCUCAUUCGAUUGCAGUGCGAGAGAAUAUGAUGGGGGUUCCUUAUGUGAUUGGAUUGCGUAAUAACCUUCCUUAUUCGUAUGAGAAGCGAAAGGAUGAUUUGGGGAUUCCUAAUUCGAUUGGGGUGCGUAAUGAUGAGGCAUUUCAAGAGGCUCAUGCUGGAGAAAUAGUUGCUCUACAUGAUGUCAAUAAUGCACCAGGUGAUUCUUUUACUGAGGGGUUAGUAGGAUAUACAAAGGCUUCUAUUGAUGUUUCUGAGUUGGUCUCAACAGACUCUGUGCAAGUUUCAAAAGUUUCGAAGGACUUGCGCUGUCAAGCAUAA